GAACCUAGUACGAAACGUACGGUACGGUGCUUCUCCGAGAGACCGGUGCGAUGGAAGACGGAAUCCGGACUCACAAUACUGUGCUGUUUUGAUCGUACGAGUGCGUUACUGUACGGUACUAGCCAUAGCUGAAAUUCAAUUGCUGUACGGUACUACUGUGUUGGGAGGUGUCUKCUGGUUUUGGUUUUCCACUGGCAUCAGCAGCAACAGCAGCAACAACAACGCAAGCAUGACAACACCGGCGUUCCUGGAGCUCCGGAACGGGUACCUGAUUGCCUCCCCGGCGGUCGGUGCCGAGAUUCCGAGCUGGUGCGGCCCGGUUCCCUUUCUGGGAUCGACGGAAACCCUGCUGGWACGGAUGGGCUUCGAGAUCMRGGGGGACUACUUUUGCGAGGACGGCCACCACGCCGCYKCCCCUUCGGGAAGGAACCCGCUGGUGGCCUCCCCCGGAAAGCCCAAGCGGUACAAUCCCGUGGACGCGCUGACCCGGGCCGCCGAGGACGUCCGCGACAUGCGGCACCGAAUCGCGGAGGACGGUCCCGGGGGACGGAGAAGGGGGGGGAACUACAAGGUCCGCGUCCUGGAGGAGCAGCGAAAGAAGCUCCAGCAGCAACAAAAAGACGGGAACGGGGCGGGACGGACCCCCCAGAAGCAGGGGAGGGGCAGCGAGACGARCAMGRACAMGGACACGAACACGAACACGAACACGAACCUCGCGGAAGCCCAAAAGGAGGUCCGAGACGCCUGGCUCCGCAUCGCCCGGACCUACAACUCGGUACGGCUGGUCCUCUUUUUCCUCUCGGACAGGGAGGGACUGGACAUSUUUGGGAGGACGGCCUACGCCAGGGGCGAGUAUUCGUCGGCGGYGGGCAUCAAGUCCCUCAAGAAGAUCACCCAGAUGCUCUCGGAGACGAUGACGAACCUCAUGAUCGGCCCGAACGCCAGCGAAAACGACCGACAGCCCAGGGACACGAUCCGUUUGUGGACCAGCUACGCCAACACCUGGAUCAUGCUGAGGGCCCGCRGCUCCUACCGGGAUGCGAACCCGAAUUCGAAUUUCAAUUCGAACUCGAAUUYGAAUUCGAACGGGGACGACUCGUACGCCAUCGAUCUCUGCGACGACUCGUCGGAAGAGGGCAGAGGCAGCGGCGUUGGCGUUUGCGGCGGUCCUCCGGAGGGCAUUCCGUCGGAAGUUUCGAGGUGGUUCCUCCUCUGGAACGACCGCAUCGACCGGCUCAUGGCAGACCUGGUCUCGGAAACGAAAACGAUAACGAUAACGAAAACGAGCGGGACUUUUCCGGGAAGGGGACAAAACGAAUUCGUCUCUCCGGGGUGGGCCGGCGACAAAGCCGCACGGGCCAGAGCCAGGGACCUCGACGCCCGCUUUUCGCUGCUGGUGGGGGCCUCCAGGGGCAAGGACCAGAAACUAAGGGAGCAGUACCUGCUCUCGAUCGACAACCUCCGGGCCAAGCUCCAGGAGCGGAUCCGCCAGGGGACGWACGCCAAGAAAUAYAGGGACGCCCGCCUCGAGGUCUACGGGAGCUGCCUGAGCGGGCUAAGCCUGGGCAAGAACGCCGACGUCGACCUCAGCCUGACCUUUGACGAAGCCGUCGCCGACAAGARCAAGUUCGAAAAGGGCGUGAGCUCCGCCAAGAGCUACAACCGGGCCGUGACGGACACGGUCUACCAGGUCAAGCGAAAACUGGAGAAAAAAGGACCGAACGGUCGGGAGGUCUUUUGCGGYCUCGAGGCCAUUCCGAGAGCCCGCGUUCCCGUCAUCAAGGGCAUCUACAGGGACGCCAAGAACCCCCAYUCGAAGGACGGCUCCCUGCCCUUUGACAUUUGCCUCCUCAACGACAUUGCCGUCGCCAACAGCGGCCUGAUCAAGGAAUACUCGGACAUCGACCCCAGGGUCAAGUCCCUGAUGAUCGCCGUCAAGCGAUGGACCAAGGACAAGCAGAUCAAUUCGGCACCGGACAACACGCUGAGCUCCUACACCUGGAUGAACCUCACGAUCUUCUACCUCCAGUGCAUCGGCUUUGUCCCGAACCUCCAGUGCCCCUCGCUCAUGGAAAAGUGCAACUACUUCGAGAACCAAUCGAAGCACGCGAGGCAAAAAGACAACAUCAACAACCUCGACACGGCCUACCUCAGGUGGAAGGGACAGGCCGAGAAGGCCUGGAAGCGCUCCCAAGGGCUCGACGAGGCCUGCUCGUCCGUUGCGACGCUGYUGUACGGCUUUUUCUGGUUUUAUUCCCGGGAAUUCCCCAUGCACAGGCACAUGGUGUCCAUCAAGCGCGGCGGAGCAGCAUCGGCCCGGCUCCCCAAGACGAUGUUCCCCGACCGCUGUUCGCUCCACUUUUGCAUCGAGGAUCCCUUCGAGACSUACGGGUCCCACUUUCCCCACGACCUCGGCGGCCACGCCGACGAGAAGGGGGCCCUCUACAUCAUGCACUGUUUCGGCGCGUCCGAGAAGUACCUCGGGUUGAUCCUCUCUGGGAAGGCCGGGGACGCCGAACCCAGAAACCUGUGGCCACCGGGGAACCAGAUGGAGGGCUUUGACCGGUCGGUCUCCACCAACGGCCGGKACCUGGCGGAACAAAAACGAGUGGUGAGCCUGGACGUGACCUCCGAGGAAAGCGACGAGAUCCUCGUCCACGACCGGGUCCUGGAGAUGCUCCAGCCCUUUGCGGCCCGGGCCGGUUCGUUCAUCAUCGGCUCGACCUCGACCAAGAAGGGCACGAAGGUGGUGGUCGWCUUUGACGCGCUGGAACCCGUCAUUGCCGUUCUCGCGGCGCACCGCCAGAACCCCUUCGAGCUGGCCGGCAAGAAACUCCAUCUGGACAAGAAACACAUCCCGGAACCCAAACCGUCCAAGAAGAAGAAGAAGAAGAAAAACGCGGCGGCGGCGGCGGGCAACAACAACAACAACAACAACAACAACAACAACAGUAGCAACAACAACAGUAGCAACAACAACAGUAGCAACAACAACAGUAGCAACAACAACAGUAGCAACAACAACAGUAGCAACAACAACAAUAACCACCGAAGAAACAACCCACCGCCUUCGAAACCACCCAACAGCCCACGGCAUGUUGUGCCCAACAGGUCGCCAAUGAAUCUAUACGAYCCCGAYAAGGUCAUCGUGAUCCAGAACAUCAACGGGGGGAUCUCCAAGCCCCAGCUGCUCCGUAUGAUCCGGCCCUUUGCGGAGGAGAACGGCUUUCGGGUCCUCUCGGCCUCGGUCGUCAUGCACGGGAGCCUCGCCUUUGUCGACUUUGACUCGGUGGCCGCCGUCCACGCGGUCCUUGCGCAGCACAGGUACGCCCCCUUUUGGUGGAACGGCAUGCCGCUGGCGAUUGCCCAAAAGUCCAGCCCGUACGCCGACCCGAGGGGGCCCUACGGUGGUGGCGGCGGCGGCGGCAUCGACCCGAGGGGGCCCUACGGCGGCGGCGGCGGGAUGUGGUGAUCCCCGCCGAGCGGUUUCCGCUCCGUCGAUGCCGUCGAGGUCUUUUUGAAUAGCGGCAGAGCAGCAACGAACCCGGUUUCGGCGGUAGGGUUUUUUUUUUUCUCGCCCCCGCGAGUUUUUUUUCGGGUACCCUUUCGUUUAAACUAG